GGACUUGUUACAGAGGCAAUGGCCAGUUUUACCAGGGCUGGGCCAACGUCACUGCCUCUGGCAUUCCCUGCCAGAAGUGGAGCGACCAGGAUCCCCACUUGCACAGGCGGACUCCUCAGGUUUUCCCUGAGCUGUCUGAUGCCGAGAAUUACUGCCGCAACCCAGGAGGUGAGAAUGAACGUCCCUGGUGCUACACAAAAGACCCAUCCGUGACCUGGGAAUACUGCAGCGUGUUGCCCUGUGGAGAUGCAUCGUUAUCACUAGGAACAAGAAAACCAAAUGGAGAGACUUCAGAUCUCCCCCCUCCUGCUCCCUUUUCCCCUACAUAUUCCAUGACUGUUAUCAUCUCGAUCAUCUCCAGCUUUGCCCUGGUCGUGAUCCUUAGCAUUGUCACCCUGGUUUGCUGCCGUCGGCGAAAGCAGUGGAAAAACAAAAAAAGAGAGUCAGAGACACUGACGCUCACCACUCUGCCCUCUGAACUCCUCCUGGACCGGCUGCACCCCAACCCGAUGUACCAGCGGAUGCCCCUUCUCCUCAAUCCAAAAUUGCUCAGCUUGGAGUAUCCCAGGAACAAUAUUGAAUACGUGAGAGAUAUUGGGGAAGGAGCAUUUGGGAGAGUUUUCCAAGCAAGGGCCCCAGGGCUGCUGCCAUAUGAGCCUUUCACAAUGGUGGCAGUGAAAAUGCUGAAGGAGGAAGCAUCCGCAGAUAUGCAGGCUGAUUUUCAGAGGGAGGCAGCCCUCAUGGCAGAGUUUGACAAUCCGAAUAUCGUCAAGCUUUUAGGCGUAUGCGCUGUUGGGAAACCGAUGUGCCUGCUGUUCGAGUACAUGGCCUACGGGGAUCUCAAUGAGUACCUGCGUGACCGCUCACCCCGCAACCUCUGUAGCCUGGUGCACAGCAGCCUGGACGCGCGGGCCCGCCUCCCCAACCCCUUGGCACUGUGCUGUACCAGCCAGCUCUGCAUCGCCAAGCAGGUGGCUGCCGGCAUGGCGUACCUCUCUGAGCGCAAGUUUGUCCACCGGGAUUUAGCUACCAGGAACUGCCUGGUGGGAGAGAACAUGGUGGUCAAAAUUGCCGAUUUUGGUCUCUCGAGGAACAUGUAUUCAGCUGACUAUUACAAAGCGAAUGAGAACGACGCCAUCCCCAUCCGCUGGAUGCCCCCUGAGUCCAUUUUCUACAACCGCUACACCACAGAGUCUGACGUGUGGGCCUACGGGGUAGUGCUGUGGGAAAUCUUCUCCUAUGGCAUGCAGCCCUACUAUGGGAUGGCUCAUGAGGAGGUCAUCUACUACGUGAGAGAUGGGAAUGUCCUCUCCUGCCCAGACAAUUGUCCGCUGGAGCUCUACAACCUGAUGCGCCUCUGCUGGAGCAAACUGCCUGCUGACCGGCCAGGCUUUGCAAGCAUCCACCGCAUCUUGGAACGCAUGUAUGAGAGGGCUGUGGCCACCCCGUCAGUCUGA